AUGGGUAAAUCAAAUUCAAAAUCUAUUCAUUCCUCUCCUUCCCUAACUUCCGUAUCAUCGGUAACAUCAAUUCCAAGACUUCUUAGAACACAUCGACAAAAAUCUUCUUCUAGUUCUACUCUCACUUAUUUUUCUUCAAGUUCUUCAACCCAUUUAUCUUUAAAUUCACCAAAUUCUUUAAAUUCUCAUCUUGACAUUAUGUCUCAUUAUCCUUCUUCAUUACAUGAGAAUAUUAUCAAUUCAAAUGAUUUUGAUACUUUUCAAUAUAUUGGAAAUAGAAAGUAUUGUAGGAGUGGAAUUGAGGAUGUGAACUAUGUGUAUCCAGUCGAUGAUGAUGAAGUUGAUCGGUGUCAAAUGCAACAUUUUUUAAUGAAACAUAUUUGGGAAGGUAAUUUUUCGGCACCUGUUGAAGAUCUUUUAUCCAGUUAUGAUACUAAAGUCCUUGAUAUUGGGUAA